AAAAAGAAAAAAUUUUGAAUAUUUUUGAAACUGAACGUUUUUCGAAAUUUUAGAUUCUUCAAGUAUUUUCAAUUUUUCGACAUGAAAAUAAUUAUUUCAAACAUAUAAACACAUAUUUUUUUCUCCAGAUCGACGAGCACUCGUGUAAAAAAAUUGCAAAAAUAAAAAUGUGCUGCAGUUUCGAAUUUUUUACACCUUAUAACAAAUCACAAAGUCAAUAGCUUCAUGAUUCACUUAAAUAUCUAUAGAGAUCAAUUUCAAUUCUAUAUACUGUUGAAUGUGCACCGUUUUUCUUUACAAUAGUAGAAUUCAUUUUUAACUUCUUGUAUAAAACGAUAUUACACUAAUAGUUUGAAACUGUUAUAAAAGUCAAACUUUAUUAUUUUGUUUUUUAAGAAAUCGGUCAGCAAUUCCACCAAGGUUCCUAAACCACCAGGUAUUAGCCAGUAUGUUCGAUGCAAAAGCCUGAUGAGAAACAAAGUGGUAAAUGCCAGUUUCUGUCGAUGGGAUUUUGAUAAUACCGACAGUAAAUAUCCAAUCUGUUGGAAUUCAACUAUGAACAACACAUUUGAUAUAAAAGUCAUUGAAUAUGAUUAUACACAAAGUCUAGCAGCUGAACAACCGUUAACUCGAAAUUGUACUGUCAAACGGUAUUGUCGUGCUGAUGGCACAUGGGAGAAACCUGAACCAUUGGCAUUGCAAUGUAAAAAAUGCGAUAUGACGCCAGUGCAGGUAACUAUUUGCAAGCAAUGCCCAAAAAUUAUUUUUAACUAUUCGUAAAUCACAUAGUCAUGCUGUAGUUUAGAGAGAAUAGGGCUAAAACAAACACAGAUAACAGCGACUCAUCAACAAAAUUUUGCAUAGAAAAUGGUUGUUCUAGUCUCAGUACUUUUCACAAUAUAUUAGACGAGGAUGCUAAAAUUUAGUUGGUCUAUAAUGUAUGUAUUAUCCAUCCACAGAAAUCAUAAUCAUUGAUGAAUUUUGAAAAUUUAGACGCAAGGUUAAGAAUAAGAAUGUAAGAAUAACUGCGGCUAUCAUGUUAAGAAUUUUAAUAGAAGUUUAAGUUAAAAAUAAAAAUUUUAAAACUGAAACCAACAAUUAAAACUACAAUUCGAUAUUUCAACCUAUUGGUACGGUCGUUUUCAAGUUAUUCUGCGUACAGACAUAAAAAUGAAAAAAACAGUAUAACUGAGUCUUAACGUGAUAGCCGCAAUUAUUCUUAAAUUCUUAUGCUCUCAGUUAUUUUCUAAAUAAUCUUUUAUGACUAAUAUUUUUUUGCUAAGUAAAACUACCUAAAUGCUAAGUUAAUUUUUGGUAAGUAAAAUUUGUAUCUGCUUAGUGAAUAAUUUGAAUGUUUAAUAAAAUUAUUGAACGCUCAAUUAAUUUAAUUUUUCCAACAAUUAAAAUUUUUGCUGAGUUUGAUGAGUAAAAUAUUUAAUCAUUAAGUUAAUAAAUUGAAAAAUAUGUUUUUAAGAUGAAUAAUUUAAUUAGGAAUAAAAAAUUGCGUGGAAAAUAAAUAUUUUUUAUUUAAAAUUUAAAUAAAAUACUUAGAAAAAAAUAGUUUUUUUACUUAUAAUUACUUUUAAUAAAUUACUUAGAAAAACAAAUCAUUUUUUACCUGAUAUUUAAUAAAAACUACUUAGCAUUUAAAUGAGAACUAUUUUUUAUUGACGAUGGCUAGAGACUUUCAGUUUUCACCAUCAUAUAGCUAAUUAAAAUAAUUUAGAAUGAAUGAAAACUUUCAGAAUAUAGUGAGAUGAACAUGUUCUACCUGAACGUCAUGGCAAAAUUCUAAAAGAACUUGUUUUCCGAGAAGAUUUUCUGAUACUCUAGCUCGACAUCGAGUGCAGUAUAACCAGUCUCUUGUCUCUUUUUUAAGCGCCAUAUCGUAUGACUGAUACAAAAACUAGUGUAUUCUGAAAUUUUUAACUCAUUCUAUAAAAUAUUUUGAUGAAUUAUGAAUUUUCUAAUUUUUAGUGAAAGUCAGAAACGGACGAGUACGGCCGGACUGCAUUUAUUUCGAAGGCAUUUUGAGUUAGAUAUGCCGCAGGAUAAAAUAUUCUAGGAGAGAAGUCAAUGUCAUGUCCGACUACGGUCGAGUCGAGAAUGAAGCCAAAAGAUCCUUACAAACGUGUCAUUUUUACUCUCAUCCCCGUUUAUAAUGCUUUGCAAGCAGUAUCAGUCAGACUUGACAUUGAACUUUUAGUAUGACUUCUCUCCUAAAACAGUUUGCCCUGCGGCAUGUCUGACUCAAAAUGCCUUCGAAAUAAAUUCAGUAUGGACUAUGGGGUCACAUUAUGCAUUUUCCCCAUGAUGGGCAGACAUGUCACUUUUAUUGGCCAGAAACAAUUUUUUUCGCUUGAAUACAACUGACUAUCCCUCAGAGAGUCAUUUCAGAGCAAAAAACAGUUUUUUCUGAUGAAAAUAUCCCUGCGAGGUGUCCUUGCCCCAAUUUUUUAUAAAAAGUUUCUUGUUUAAAGAUUUUUUACGCUGAUUCAGAAAAUAAUCUUAGUUUUGGGUUAAAAGUAUUUAUGGAUCGAGAAAAUUCGAUUUUAGCUGGAAAAUCUUUACCGAAGUUCAGGAUUAAUCGCGCGUUUGUCAAAACAAAGUUUGAGCGAUUUUGAAGAUAAGGACAAGAAGGGAUGCUUACUGUACUGAGGAUAGCCGUACGAAAACAUUGUUAGUUUGUUCAUUUUCUCUCUCGAACUGUUUAAUAGGAAAUUGAGAAAUUUUCACCGGCUUCGUAAUAUGCAAAAACUUCAAAACCACAUUUUCAUACGCAGUUUGUAAUGCUGAUUCAGAAAAAAAAAAUUCGUUAUUGUAUAGCUAAAAGCUUCUAGAUGCAGAAUAUCUGUCGUUCAAGUAUGUAAUUUUGACAGAUUGAAUUAAAAAGAACAUUUUCCGGCCACAUCUGUGCUUUUAGACCCGUUGAGCCAAGGGUUCUCCGAAGAACCUUAGCAAUUGAAACAAAACUUUUAACGUCGUUAGAUAGCCAAUCUAUUGAAGUAAAUUUAUUCACAUUCAAAUCUUGAAAAUACGCAUGUUCGAUGUUUGGCUAAAUGCCAGGAUGGAUGCACGCUGUGGGACUGGGCUCGGCAAUCGGACUCUCCUAUCUAUAGUGAAAGUAGCAGACAUAGAUCGUGCAUAUUUUUUAAAUCGGAUUUUGCUAGAUUUUUCGAAUUUUUUCCUCAAAUCGAUCAUUGCUACAAGGCUCAGCGAGGGCGAUAACCUAGAAUUUUCUUCGUUUUUAUGGUCACUACCACCAAAGUAUAAGCUUUUAGGUAGGAUGGGUUCCAGCAAAACUGCGACCUUAUGGUCUUGUUUUUUGUCCUGGAAAACGGCUUUUGAAAAAGUUUAUCAGACCCUGUUUGCUUAAGAAAGAAGACAGUCACGCUUUGUCUACACAAUAGUGAAAACCACAACUCUCUUAUCGUCAAUAAAAGUUAUUUGGUAAAUAACCGACAGUACUACUUUUGUGAAUGGAUAAUAACUGUUUCUUUCUAGUAGAAGAGUGAAAUUUGACUGAAUGAGACAUUAAAUAAAACUAUAUAAUGAGUCGAAAUCACUAUUUAUUGCAUCAGUUAAGGGUCCCCCCCCUCAGAAAUGAUGAUUUUCGGUCAAAAAAUCGGUUUUGAGAUACACACAUGAAAAGACAGCCUGAAGUGUCUACUUCCAGAAUCUGUAUUGUUUUUGGUUACUAAAGUUUUCGGGAUUUUGAGCAAGUUUUCUAAGAGCCUCGAAAAAAUGGGUCUUCAAAUAAUGGUUUUUUCCUGGAUACUUAUGCAAUUAAAAUUUUUCUGAAAACACAGCUUUGUAG